AUGUCGGAGGCAAAGGACCCAGCGAUCAAGCUUUUCGGGAAGACGAUUCCGGUGCCGGAGGUCCCUUUAAGCUCCGGCGAAUCAGUCGGAGCUCCUGAACCGGAUCCAUCUUCUGUAACCCUCGUUGAAGAUACUGUCGAUCAGGACCAUGCCUCUUCCUCCAACUCUUCGCCUGAAGUCAAUACCAACAGAGACAGGGAAGAGAAAGAGGUCAAUAACCAUAAGGACACUUCGGGAGAAAAACCAAUGCAGACUAAACAGGAAGAUGGAAUCCCACCUUUAUCUUUGGAAGAGGUAACAAAUCCAGAUACAGCAUCCAGAGUAGGUGUGAACCCUAAAUCACCUGUUGAGAAGGAGAAUGCUACAGUAAAAGAUUUGAAGACUGAAGAAGAACAGAGUGAGACAAGUAAUUCACAAGAAAAGACCCUGAAGAAACCAGAUAAAAUACUUCCAUGCCCCCGCUGUAAUAGCAUGGAUACCAAGUUCUGUUACUACAAUAAUUACAACGUCAACCAACCCCGGCACUUCUGCAAGAACUGCCAGAGAUAUUGGACAGCUGGUGGGACCAUGAGGAAUGUGCCUGUGGGUGCAGGACGUCGUAAGAACAAGAAUUCUGCUUCUCACUAUCGCCACAUAACUGUCUCUGAAGCAAUGCCGAAUGCUCAAACUGAUGUUCUGAAUGGAGUUCACCAUCCUUCAGUAAAAUCUAAUGGUAGUGUCCUAACAUUUUGUGGGGAUGCGCCCCUUUGCGAAUCAAUGGCUUCUGUCCUUCACCUUGCUGAUAAAAAUAUACAGAACGGUGCGCAUAAUGGAUUUCAGAAACCUGAAGGAUUAAGGAUUCCAGCUUCUUAUGGAAGUGGAGUAAAUGGAGAUGAUCAUUCGAACAGAUCUACAGUGACAGAUUCAAAUUCAAAGGAUGAGGCAUGCAAAACUGGGUCACAAGAGCAGGUUAUGCAGAGUUAUCAGGGCUUCCCACCUCAAAUACCAUGCUUUCCUGGGGCGCCUUGGCCGUACCCCUGGAACUCUGCCCAAUGGAGCUCUCCAGUAACACCACCUGCUUUCUGCCCUCCAGGUUUUCCUAUGCCCUACUACCCUGCAGCAGCUUAUUGGGGUUGUGCUGUGCAAGGCGCUUGGAAUAUCCCUUGGCUUCCACCGCCAUCAUCUCCAAACCACUCUGCUCCAAGUUCUGGUCCUAACUCUCCGACCUUGGGAAAACAUUCAAGGGAUGAGAGCACUGUGAAACAAAAUAACUCUGAGGAAGAGGAGGCACCAAAAGAAAAGAGUGCUGAGAGAUGCCUUUGGAUUCCAAAGACAUUGAGGAUUGAUGACCCGGGAGAAGCUGCAAGAAGCUCUAUAUGGGCAACGCUGGGGAUUAAGAAUGAUAAGGCUGAUUCACUUAGCGGUGGGGGACUCUUUAAGGCCUUCCAACCAAAGGGUGAUCAAAAGAAUCACCUGACCGAAGCUUCUCCGGUCUUACAAGCCAAUCCAGCAGCAUUAUCUAGGUCACUCAAUUUCCAAGAGAGCUCAUAA